AUGAGUACUUUUUCAUAGAUUUUGUACCACGAAAGUUUUACUAGCAACUCAUUCACAACUUCCGAGGAAUGGGUGUUGAAAGGAUAAACUAAUGUAUAUAGUGACUGUGGUACAGUAAGACUUCUGGGGGGAUAUGACGGAUUUGGUAAAGGAGCUUCAGCUACUAUGUUUAUUUAAUUACCACCCCAUCAUACAAUUCAGAUAACCUUGGAAUUUUGGAAAAUUGAUACUUGGGACAGUGAAAUUUUUUUCAUUUAUUUAGAUUAGGUUUCAGCCUUUUAAUAAGCUUAUAUAAUGGGAGGUACCUAAACUUGUGGAAAAAUAUAAGGUGAAACAAUUCAACAAAUAAGCAUCACGAAACCUCACAACUUUUAAUCUCUUUUUAUUUUAAUGACAUCUGAUAUAGAUGAGACUCCUUCAAAUGAAUCCUGGGGGAUCAGGGAUUUUAAAUUAUAUAUAUAUCCUUGCCCAACUGGAUGCUAAACUUGCAUUUCAACAGACUCUAGAAUAAAUUGCAUAAUUUGGAGUAUUGUUGAAGAAAGUCUUACUAGUCUUGAUAUUAACACUUUUAAACCUGACGGCUGGACAAUAGAAAGAGGAUACAAAUACACUAGUAAUUGCUUAUCUAUUCCUCUACUUGGUGGCUAUGAUUACACUGGAGAAAAUAGUUAUAUAUACAAGAAAAUUAAUUUGCCUGCUCAUAAUCAAAUCAAAAUUAAAUUUAGAUUUAUGUUCAUAGAUUCUUGGAAUGCUGAAAAUGCCUACCUAUAUGUUGAUAAUGUUUAGGUUUGGACUGAUAGCUUUAAUUACUAGAGCAGAGAAAUAUAGGAUUUAUGUGGAUGGGCUUAUGAUGAUAUACCUCACAAUUAAGAAAUCACAGUAUCUCACUCAAAACAAUCAAUAACGUUAAAAUUCACCAGUGAUUUAGAUUAAGUUCCAACAAACGAAUCUUUUGGAAUAAGAGAUAUAUAAAUAUAUAUUCCUUGUGUAUUUGGUUCCUCUUUUAGUUAAGCUUGUGGAACCGUUUGUGGUAAUGGUGUAAAAGAAUCACAAGAAUAAUGUGAUGACGGUAAUAUUUAUGCAUUUGAUGGUUGUUUUAAUUGUGAAUAUUCAUGUGUAGAAGGGUGUUCAAAUUGUAUUGAUGGUAUUUGUUUUGAAUGUGAUAUUGGAUGGAUAUUCUAUUCAGAUUUUAAUACAUGUAUUCCAAUUGUAGAUGAUACUUAAUAUUAAAUUUGGGAAGAAUGUGAUGAUACAUUAUAAUAUGAGAUUUGUUUAAAUGGAAAAUUCUUUUGUCCAUCAAAUUGUAAAUCUUGUUAAUUUGGUAUUUGUUUAUAAUGUAAAUUAAAUUAUGAAUUAAUUAAUAAUAGAUGUGAAUCUAUAUGUUAAAAUUAAUUAAUACUUAAUGAUAUAUAAUGUACUGAUUAUAAUCUUCAACCAUUUGAUAAAUGUCAUUAAUGUUAUUAUGAUCUACAACAAGGUUGUUAAUUAUAAUCAAAUGGGUUUUGUAUCCAAUGUUUAAAUGGAUGGAUAUUAGAUAUAAAUUAGAAUAUCUGUAUUCCAAUUUGUGGGGAUCUUGUUAUAUUAGGUGAUGAAUAAUGUGAUAUUAAUAAAUAUACUAAAUCAUCAUUUGGUUGUAAUUAAUGUGAAUUUGAUUGUUAAGAUGAAUGUACUGAUUGUUAAUUUGGAAAAUGUUAUGAUUGUAUUCCAGGAUGGAAAUUAAAGAAUUACUAAUGUGAAUCUGAUUGUGGAAAUAAUUCAAUAUAAGGUUAAGAAGAAUGUGAUGAUAUGAAUUCUAUUAGAUUUGAUGGAUGUAAUAAUUGUAGAAAUGAUUGUUAAAGAGAAUGUUCAUAUUGUUAAAAAGGAAUCUGUUUAGAUUGCAUAUAUGGUUGGCAUUUAACUGAUCAUUUCAUUUGUGAAGCUGAAUGUGGAGAUAAUCUAAUUGCUUUGAUUUCAUAUGAAGAAUGCGAAGAUUCUAACUAUGAUUAAUUUGAUGGAUGUUAUUAAUGUAAAACCGAAUGCUGUCACUAUUGCAAUGCUUGUGUUUAUGGAUAUUGUUAUAAUUGUGAAUAUACAUUUACAUUAAUUGAUUAAUAUUGUAUUCCAGUUUGUGGAGAUGGAUUAAUUACUGUUGAAUAUGAACAAUGUGAUGAUAUGAAUGAAAUUCCUUAUGAUGGUUGUUAUUUUUGCAAUUACUAAUGUAGAGAACGCUGUAAAUUAUGUAUUAAAGGGAUAUGUUAUGAUAAGUGUGAGUAUGGGUAUGAAGAAGUGGAUGAUGAAUGCAUCGCAAUAUGCGGAGAUGGUAUUGUAGUAGAAUAAGAAGAUUGUGAUGAUUAAAAUGAUAUUUAAUCUGAUGGAUGUUUUAAAUGUAAGUUUCAUUGUCCGGAUCAUUGUGAAAUAUGCUAAUAAGGAAAAUGUAAAUUAUGUGAAUAAGGCUAUGAACUAAAUCGUAUUCUAAAUUAAUGUCUCGCAUAUUGUGGAAAUGGUAUGGUUUCAAAGGAAGAAGAAUGUGAUGACAUGAAUAUAGAGGAUGGAGAUGGUUGUUCGUAACAGUGCAAAGUAGAAGUGAAUUAUGUUUGUAAAAACUAUCAGUACUCCUUUACAUAAUGUACAUAUGAAAAGUACCCUUCUUUUGAAGCCGCGUUUAUCAAAUAAGAUUAUGAAAUAUAAUACGUUUCCUUACAUUUCGAUCAGUAAGUAAAAAUUCAGGAUGAUAUAAUAUUUUCAGAGUACAUCCAAUUGAGUUUAAAAGAAAUUGAUCCGGAAUUAUAUAAUAUAACAUUGAUCAUAGUUUAAGAAGCUUAUUAAUAUUGUACCUACGUAGAGUAUAUAGUGGAGAUUGUUAUUAAUAGUACUCUUUCAUCGCCACCUGUUCUUGAAGUUGUAUUAAAUGAGUAAUUGUAUAACGAGAAUGACGCUCCUUUGAUUAAUUAAGAUGGCAGUGUAAGAUUGAAUAUACCUAAAUACUUAGAUGAUUAGAAGAAAUAAUCUGCAUAAGUCUUAAAAAAAAUGGGAACAUAUAUAAUGAAUUCUAUGGGUGGAGCAGGUUUUUUGGUUUUGCUUCUUGGUAACUCAUUUAUUUUAAGAGGAGUUAUUGAAGUACUCCAAUAGCAAUCUUAUUUGAGAUUUAUUAAUGUGAUAUUUCCACUUAAUUUAUUCAUCUAUUUUGAAUCAACUAACAUCAUAACAGUUUAACCUAUGUUGGAUUUCUUUAAUUUCAAUUAUUUUUCGUCUGAAUUAGUAGAACUGCCUUUUGUUGAAUCCUAUGAAAAACUAAAAUUUUAUGAUAUUAAUGCAGAUCUUGUGAAUAAUAUCUAGGCCUAAAUAUUUUUGAGUCUGGCACUUUAUUCUGUGUAUAUUGGAUGCCAUUUUCUAAUUGAAAUUUUUAGGGUAAUGGAAGUUCAUCAUUUUUUGUAAUUUGGUGAAAGUGUUGCUUCACUUUUAUUGAAAUUUUUUAAGAGCCUUACUACACUAAAAAGAGAAUUAUAGAAGGAUGGAUUGAAGUAAUUUUUAUUGGCUAAUUGUUGGGAUUUAUUGUUUAUGUCCUUUUUAUAAAUCCGCUCAUCAUCCUUUAAGGACUUGAGAUCCAUAUUCUCAGUUAUUUUAGGCUAUUCAAUCAUAUACACAUGUGCAUUGAUAAUAUCAUGUUAUUUUUUAAGAGAGGAUCUAAGAAUGCCUUUAUUUUCUUAAUAUUGGAUCAAAAAGUUUAAUUUAUUCUUAAUCUUUAAAAAACUAUUAUUCAUUGCUAUUUUAGUUUUAUUUUAGCAGAGUUAGGAAAUUCAGUCUAUGUUAUUAACACUGGUUUGCCAAAUAUAUUUAAUUUACAUCUUCUUAUUUAGACCCUUUCAGAGUAAAACUGAGUAUAUCAAUCUAAUAAUUACAGAGAUGAGCGUGUUUGUAUUUUGUUUUACAGUAAUCUUGUAUUGGAACCAAAUGGAAUCCAGAUUUGAUUAUGAUAAUUAAGUGAUUCUUGGCUGGUUUCAUAUCGCUACAUUGCUAUCAGUCUUAAUAAUAAACUUGGCAAUUCAGUUAUACGUUGUCUUAGGUAAAUUAACAAGUGUUGUUAUGAAGAAAUUAUAAUAAUCAAUUAAUCAUCAUUAAAUUUAGUAAAUGGAUCCAUAUCCAUUGAGAAAUGUUAUGGAAUACAAACUAUGA